ACGUUCUCAACGUCCUUCGUCUUUACUGGCUCGAGAGGCAAAGGAAUUAGUAAGGAUUUUGCGGAAGUCGAUGCCCGGUUUGUUCGUCGCUCAACGAAACUUUGUGGAGGUAAUACAUAUUAUUAUUAAAACUACGGAUAUUAUUGAAUUAUUUAAAAAAAACAACGUUCAAAUACUAACGUUUUAAUUAAUCUUGGUUCAAAUAAACGAAUAAUUUUAAAAAGUUUGAAAAUUCAUUAUCCACAUUAUACAAUUAUACAGUUUAUGGUUUCCGUGUUUGGAUGGCCUGAUCCAAACACGCGGAAAUGUUGCGAGAGUUAAGAAAAGCUUGCGAAACACCAGCCGAAGGCGAGUAAUUUUGCGCGCUUUUCUUAACUCGAGCAACAUUCCCAAGUGUUUGGAUCAGGCCAUUCAAACGCGGAAACCAUAAACUAAUUGUUUUAUAAAAUAGCCUAACAACUUUCCGUGUUAAAAUUUCACUUUAAAAAAACUUUCACUUUAAAUUUCCGUGUCUGGAAGGCCUGAUCCAAACACAGGUUUCGACCAAUCUGGGACAGUUGUAUAGAAAAUACUGAAAAGCUAUAAAACUACGGAUUCGUUUAAUCUUGGUUCAAAGAUAAACGAAUAAUUUUAGAGGGCUUGAAAAUUCAUCCACGGUGGAUACACUAUACAACCGGGCCUUCUUGAUAUUGGGGUGUUCUAAAGAAUCCGGUUGUGUAACCACCGUAUUCCCGCAAGCCAGUUUCACACCAUACCAUAGUUAGUUCGCGCGAAGUGAUUUCUUCCUUACUGCUUCGCUUACCAUGUCGGCAAAACUCAAAAGAGAUGAUUCAUGCCGACAACAGAAACGCGCGAUCAAAUUCGAUCUAAUUUAGCUAGUGUCCGUGCUUAAGCUUGCAUUAAAAGUUCCUGAUUCAGUCUGUUUACAUUACAGCAGGAUUGGAUGGCGUCUGUGCCGAAACCGCAACGCAGUCCAAGCGCGAAUUCGUCACGAAUUCUACGAAUUAAUUCGUGCGGUGCAUCAUGCAUGCUUCGUGGGUGAACACGAAAGGGAAAAUCGCCAAUUCAGGCCGCUGUCACGACCUAAAAUUAUUAAGAACUUUGGUUACUUACUAUAUAUAUGUAUAUAUUGGCGCGCCUAUAGCUUAUUAUACUGUCCAUAUAUUAUUUAUAGGAGCUAGCAGACAUGGCACUCAGCCUAGUCGACAGGAUGUCCAACAUCCUACGUGA